GCAAAGUCAUAAUAUAUAGUCAUAAUAUAAUAAUAGAUUUUAUCAGAAAUAAUGUUACAACGAAGUAUCAAGACCGAGAUGAUUCUAGAUUACAAUUAUGUCUCCAGCUCAAAUAUAUUUCUUAGUAGUAAGGUCAAGCAAGAUUAAAUUAAUCAAACCAAGUAAUCGAAAGCAUUGUACCCUACUGAUACAAAAUUGAUAUUUAAUAGUGAAAUUGCGUGACCUACAUAAAUUGCUAAUAAUGUAUCAUACCAACACGCGAGAUAGUUUAUGAGUCGUUAGUUGCUAGAACACCAGGUGUAGUGUUCGUUAAAGACGCAGAACAAGUAUUCAAGUCAAAGUUUUUAGUUCUUACAACUUUGAACAAGUGAAAAACAUCUUCUUCCCACACUUUGAGAUAAUUUGAUCACAUUUGCAAUAAGUUGAUGGUAAAUAAUUUAAAAAGAUGUCAAGUGUAAAAAAUUUGAAGCAGGCGUUUAUGCCUAUCAUAUGGCUCAAUUGUAUAUUUUGCGUCGGAGUAUUUGAAAUACCUAUAAAUCGUCCACGAUUUUUCCUAAGUGUUUUUUAUGUCAUCGUAAUAUUAACAGGAUAUUCUAUUUUCUUUUACAAAGGAAUAUUCAUCUCUCAGAAAAUAACUCAGCAUGAGUUUCUGAUGCUUGACAUUGUAUUGGCAAUCAACAUCUUAGUUGCAAUCUUGGCUAUAAUUCUGUUUUGGAGGAAAUCAGAGUGUACGAAUACUAUAAUUAAGAGGAAUAAUAUAACGGACAAUACUUUGGAAGCAUUGGGAAUAAAAAAAGAAUACGAGAAAAUCUAUCGCAAUGUUUGGUUUCUUGUGACUAUUUGGACAGUAUGCAUAAUAAUAAUAAUGAUCACAUGUAUGUUAUGGGGAUAUCACGAGAUUGGAUACUGGUAUGCUUUUUGCCGCGCCAUAUGCAUCUGUUUUCCGGUGACAGUAAAUUCUAUAAUAGAUCUCACUUUCGUCUCGUUUAUCAGAUGUGUUCAUGGAAAAUUUCAAAAGACAAAUACUUUAAUCAACAAUAUAGUACUCUGUGUAAACGAAUCAAAGAGCAAGAUUCUUAAGCGCGAUGAUAUGUUUAUUACACUUGUCAUGGCAGACUAUAAAAAUUACAAAAGCAAGAUAAUACACCUAAUUCGGACUCUAAGACAUGUGCAUUUGGAAAUUACGAAAACGGCACGACAAAUUAAUUGUGUUUAUUGUUUGCAACUUCUACUCGAAUUAGCAGUCCAUUUUACAAUAGUAGCAUCGUCCAUUUAUUGUUUAUAUGGUGUACUUUUUGGCAAGUUACGCUUAAUUGUCGACGACAAAAAAAUUGUUGCGUUAAUAUUAUGGGCAUGCAUUUAUUCAACUAAAAUUAUAUUAGUAAAUUGGCUUUGCACGUGUGUAUCAACUGAGGCAUGUAAAACCGGUGAAAUUAUACAAUCCUUCGAAGGAUCUGUUAUUGAUGAUGAUUUGAGAGAAGAAAUUCUUCAGUUUACACAACAAAUAAUACUUCAACCAUUAAACUUUACUGCUUUUGAUUUCUUUUCAAUUGAUAAUUCUCUUACUGGCAAGUUUUUUGCUACGGUUACGACGUAUGUUGUUAUUCUAAUACAAAUGAAUGUACCUGCAUAACAUGUAAGAUGAGAAAUAAAAUAUAUAAAGAAUUCCUCUACUAAUACUAUUUUUCCAAAAAAUAGUAUCGAGAGCGAGAGAGC